AUGGCCUCACAACAGCAAUCACCAACAACCUCGUUCCCGGCCAUCGUGGACGACGUGGUUUCGGACCCUGAGUCUCUCAUCCGUCUCCUGCGCGCCUACGACCCUGCCUUUGAUGGCGCCCAGGCGGUGAGAGCUGCCUACGAGGACGCUCUUGUUCGGCACCACAAUGACAUGAUGGACCAUGAUCUGGAUGACACCGAUGACCAUGACCACAGUCAAGCCACCUUCAGUCGCGGCCUCACGGGGAACGCCCUCGUCGACUGGGUUACCACCCAUAUCAGCUCAGACACGUUGCUCUCUGUCGACGAGAUGGACCAGUACGCCGCCCUCGAACGGGCCGGGCUCCUGCCACACUUGGAAGCCACCCUUGCCCAGUCUGGUCUGAAACUCAGCGAUCCGUCCAAAAUCCCUCCCCUCGGCGAUCACCAGAUCAGAGCGGCCACCCAGGAACUCAUGCGAUCAACUAGUCUCAUCACCCGCCAGACCGAGGCCCUGCGCGAGCAACAGGACCACCUCGACCGGCUCGUUGCCGAGCACAAGAGGGAUACCCAAGCCAGGGCCGCCUUGGAGGUUCAGCAGCUCAAGGGGCUGGAGGAGCGACAGAGGGACUUGGUCCAGUCGGUGGUGGAACUAGCCCUGUUCCUAAGCGACAAGGUUGAUGAACUGGAGGCCCAGAAUGAAGACCGGAAAGCCGACGUCGAAACGCUGAUCGAUGGCAUGUUUCACUCGGAUGACCAUGUCUUGUCAAGUCUCCAGAAAUUAGGGGACCAGUUGAGUAGGUCUUGUUCUGGCGAGGACGUCAGCAAGGCGGAGGAAGACAUGGUCAAGAGUUUGCGUGACAUUUGCGCCAGAAUGAUCAAGUUCCACGUGGAAGGGAUCAGAACGAGGUUGGAUAGAAUCUACCUCGAGACCCUUCAUGCCGCGGUAGAGUCGGGGGCUGGGCAUGAUGGUAGUACCGUCACGGUGGAGGAUGUCGCUGCUGUCCAGCGAGAGUUGGAGGAACUCUACACCGAGAUCCUUCCAGUCGGUCAGAUGUCAAUCGAGCACCAGUUCUUGCGACCUGCUCUUGAUGAUCUAGCAGCCAAGAACGGUCGCAGACUUGAGCAGUCGACACAAGCAGCGCAUUACAUCGACGAAUGCCUCGAUUACCUGCUCGACCGCAUCACCACCAUCCGCGCGUGUCUCCAAGAGUAUCUGUCUCAUCAACAAGCCGUCGCCGAGUUUGCCAAACUCGCACGACCAGAACUUAACACCAAUGGCCUCCUCCCCAAAGAGUCGCCGGACUCAACAUCAGCAUCCCAUCACCGCCGACACUCCUCGUUUCCCCGCCAACUCCCUGCUGACUCACUAUCCCCGGAACUUAAAUCCAUCCUCCAACCCCUCGGCAUCUCCAUUCCUCCAGCAGAUCCAUCACUCCAAUCCCACCUUUCCGCUCUUCAAUCAGCUCUCGACUCCACCCUAACAGACCGCCAACAAAAGCGCGACGAACUCUUGUCCAAUGCGCAAUCAAGCUUUGAAGACGCGGUAACGAAGCACAUAGGUGAUGCGAAGGCUGCACUUGCUAUGCUGAGGGACUCGGUGUUGGCGGACAGUCCGUGGGGAGCGGUGAGGUUGGUCGAUGAGGAGUUGGAGGGGAGUGUGGAGGUUAUACGACAGGAGCUGGAAAAGAUAGAAGAGUGGAAGGCAGAUAUUGAUGGGGCUGUCAAGGCUUCCAAUACUGACGAAAGGAGGGAGCAAUUUUUGGAAAGAUGGGGGGAGAGGCUAUGA